GCAGCUAUCCCUUUGUCUUCAGUGGCGAUUGGACUGUCUCACACCUUCCGACUGCUGGUGUCCAGUGGUGUUGCCGCCCGGCAGGCCAUGGUGAGCCACCUUGCGAACCUGGAUGCAUCAAUUCCGUCCUCGCUCUCUUUGCCACCCGAU